UGGCGGCGCCCUUGCUGAAGUAGUGUCUCUGGAGAAAUAGUUGGAAUUGUUUGUUAAUUUCACGGCAACUAGUUUACAACACUUGCCACGUCGACACACGUUUGUGUCAGAAGACCAUACGACAAGCGUCAUUGACAGCUCGAGCCUGACAGCGCGUYGCGUGGUUGUGGCAGAGUGUCCGUGUGAAGAUGGGCCUCGUCUCGAGCCCCUUCCCAUAGCAAAGAGCAGCCGUGGGGAGAGAAACCGUAGAUUUCCCUGCAAACACAUACCGGUCGAACUUGGACCUGUCGGGUACGACAUUGUUUAUAAAUUGUGGACGCUACCGUACAAUUUUCUUUCGAGAAUUUUCUGUGCGACCGCGUCUGUAAUAGUCAGGAGACGGAGAGGUUUCCCACCCCGUAUCGAAGAGGAUUGUACCGCGCCAAGGGCCCUGAUGAAAAUGGACUCGGAACUGCUGCUCUCGCCGGCCGUGUGCCUGGCUGAGGAGGAGGAGGCGGACAUGAGCGACUGGAACCUGCCGCUGGCCUUCAUGAAGAAACGCCACUCYGAGAAGAUCGAGGGCUCCAAGGCCCUGGCCCAGAGCUGGAGGAUGAAGGACAGGAUGAAGACAGUGAGUGUGGCCCUGGUGUUGUGUCUCAACGUGGGGGUGGACCCUCCUGACGUGGUCAAGACGUCACCCUGCGCCAGACUGGAGUGCUGGAUCGACCCUCUGUCCAUGAGUCCACAGAAAGCCCUGGAGACCAUUGGGGCCAACCUGCAGAAGCAGUAUGAGAACUGGCAACCCAGGGCACGUUACAAGCAGAGUCUGGACCCCACCGUAGACGAGGUGAAGAAGCUGUGUACGUCCCUGAGACGCAACGCCAAGGAGGAGCGUGUCCUCUUCCACUACAAUGGACACGGGGUCCCCCGACCCACCGUCAACGGAGAGAUCUGGGUCUUCAACAAGAACUACACCCAGUACAUCCCUCUGUCUGUGUACGACCUCCAGACGUGGAUGGGCAGCCCCUCCAUCUUCGUUUACGACUGCUCCAACGCAGGCAUCAUCGUCAAGUCUUUCAAACAGUUCGCCCUGCAGAGAGAGCAGGAGCUAGAGGUGGCAGCCAUUAACCCCAACCACCCCCUGGCCCAGAUGCCUCUCCCCCCCUCCAUGAAGAACUGUAUCCAGCUAGCCGCCUGCGAGGCCUCAGAGCUACUGCCCAUGAACCCUGACCUCCCCGCUGACCUCUUCACCUCCUGCCUCACCACGCCCAUCAAGAUCGCCCUGCGCUGGUUUUGCAUGCAGAAAAGUGCCAAGCUGGUUCCAGGGGUGACGUUGGACCUCAUUGAGAAGAUACCUGGGAGACUGAAUGACAGACGUACCCCACUGGGAGAGCUCAACUGGAUCUUCACUGCUAUCACUGACACUAUCGCCUGGAACGUGCUGCCCAGAGAUCUGUUCCAGAAGCUCUUUCGUCAGGACCUGUUGGUGGCCAGUUUAUUCCGCAACUUCCUGUUGGCCGAGAGGAUAAUGAGGUCAUACAACUGCACCCCUGUCAGCAGUCCGCGCCUGCCACCUACAUACAUGCACGCCAUGUGGCAGGCAUGGGACCUGGCUGUGGACAUCUGUCUCUCUCAGCUGCCCACCAUCAUUGAGGAGGGCACCGCCUUCAGGCACAGUCCGUUCUUUGCAGAGCAGCUGACAGCGUUCCAGGUGUGGCUGACCAUGGGCGUGGAGAACAGGAACCCCCCCGAACAGCUCCCCAUCGUACUGCAGGUUCUCUUGAGUCAGGUUCACAGGCUGAGAGCGCUGGACCUGCUUGGCCGCUUCCUGGACCUGGGGCCCUGGGCRGUCAGUCUGGCCCUCUCAGUAGGGAUCUUCCCCUACGUGUUGAAGCUGCUACAGAGCUCUGCGCGGGAGCUCCGACCCCUGCUGGUCUUCAUCUGGGCUAAGAUCCUGGCUGUGGACAGCUCGUGUCAGGCAGACCUGGUAAAGGACAACGGACACAAGUACUUCCUGUCUGUCCUGGCCGACCCCUACAUGCCCGCUGAGCACCGCACCAUGGCUGUCUUUAUCCUGGCUGUGAUUGUCAACAGCUACACCACAGGCCAGGAGGCCUGUCUGCAGGGGAACCUGAUAGCCAUCUGCCUGGAGCAGCUCUCUGACCCUCACCCCCUGCUUCGUCAGUGGGUGGCCAUCUGCCUGGGACGCAUCUGGCAGAACUUUGACUCGGCCCGCUGGUGUGGUGUUAGGGACAGUGCCCACGAGAAGCUCUACAGCCUGCUGUCCGACCCCAUACCUGA